AUGCGUCCAAUUCCGCGAGCCGCAUUGCGGUCAUAUGUCUGUCCAUCAUGCCGACAUGGCAUUAGCGCUGGCCGGCGACGGUUCGGUACCAAGUCUGACCAAAAGCCCGACAUCUACGAUGUGGUCUGUGUCGGAGGUGGCCCGGCGGGUCUAGGACUUCUGGCUGCUCUGCGAGCUUCCCCCGUUACUUCAAAGCUCAAGGUCGCCCUCAUUGAAAGCCAGGAUCUCAACAAGGCGCGGUCCUGGAACAUGGACUCGACACAGUUCUCCAACCGAGUCAGCAGCUUGACACCCUCGUCUAAGGCGUUCCUGCAGAAAAUUGGUGCAUGGGAGCACUUGGAUACGCAGCGUGUGCAGGACUAUCAGGAGAUGCAGGUGUGGGAUGGCGAGAGCGGAUCCCGAAUAUCAUUUGACUGGUCCAUGGAUACGCCGGAUUUCGAGGAUCCGCGCACCGUGGCGACGAUGACGGAGAAUUCAAAUCUGGUGCGCGGUCUUCUACGGAGAAUUGCGGCAUCUGGGGACGAGAAUCUGACGCUCUUCUCGAAUACCACCGUUGCUGGUAUCGAGAACGGAACGGAUCUUCGGACUGAGGGCCCAGACCUCUCAGCUUGGCCUGUCUUGUCUAUCAAGCCAACAGGAGCCAGUACAGAGACUCAAUCCUCCUCCCGGAUUGCGGCAAGGCUUUUGGUGGGUGCGGACGGGAUCAACAGCCCUGUGCGCUCGUUCGCAGACAUUCCUACCCACGGCUGGGACUAUAACCGACACGGCAUCGUGGCUACUCUUUCCCUCGCGGACCCCGACACUCCUCCAUUCCCAGACUACAUGCGCACAGCUUACCAGCGCUUCCUCCCUGCACUCGGUGGUCCAAUUGCCCUCCUCCCUCUACCAAGUAACCACGCCACCCUUGUCUGGUCUACAACUCCCCAAAACGCCGCAUACCUCAAAUCCCUCCCCGCACCCGCCUUCCUAGCCAUGGUCAACGCAGCCUUCCGCCUGUCCAUGACAGACCUCAAGUACAUGAUGGGCAUGGCGCAACCGGCGCAACCAUCUUCAGAAGCUACCUCCCACGAGGACGAGCUCUCCUGGCGUCUCCAGCACACCCCGCUCCCUGCACACACCCCACCUACCGCGACGGGCGUGCAAACGGGCACCGUCGCAUCAUUCCCACUGCGCUUCCGCCACGCAGCACAGUACAUUUCUCCACGGGUUGCUCUUGUCGGUGACGCAGCACACGUCAUUCACCCGCUGGCCGGUCAGGGUCUGAACUUGGGUCUUGCAGACGUUGCUGCGCUCUCGCGGACGAUCGAGUAUGCGGUCUCGCACGGUAUGGAUAUCGGUGAUCUGCUGACGCUGGAGCGGUACUCGUCGGAGCGGUAUCUGCCUAAUGCUAAGAUCGGGGGUGCUUGCGAUCUGUUGCAUAAGAUGUACAAUAUCCCGGGUCAGGGUCCUGUCACCUGGGCGCGGAGCCUGGGGUUGGAUGUGAUUGAUAAGCUGCCGUUUGUGAAGUCGUUCUUGAUGAAGAAUGCUGAGGGGUAUUAG